CUAUAAUCAUGACUAUGUAACCCAAAAAAAUAUAUGUUUCGGAUAAAACUUCCAAAUUUACAAGUGAAGAGAGAUGCCACCGAAAGGACGUGAGAAAGGCAAAACUACGGAUAAGAAGAAAAAGAAAAUCCCGACAAUGGCCGGCAAAGAGAUGGCUACAUGCGCUAUACACAUUCCCGGGCCCAAAUAUGAACUCAACACACUCAUCGGCUAUAAGGGACACUGCAUUUCGAAGUUUCGAAAUCCAGCUUAUACGUUUGGCAAAAGCCAGAAGAGAAAGCAUGUUGCAAUUGGUCCAGGACCUAAAUACAUGCCUAAGGAACGCAGACAGAUGGGAUAUACCUUCGGAAUGGCUACUGUACGACGCGAUCCUACGCAGAUCGGACCCGGUCCAAAGUAUAUGUUACCUCGUGAUCGUGGUCUUUCUUUCUCGUUGGGUUGGAAAACUAAGGAGAGGCAGGUUAUCGAGACGCCAGGACCUUAUUCCAUCAAGUUCCCCGUUGACGCACCCGCGUAUACCAUGGGAUUGCUUACGCUAACACAUAAGGUCAAAGAAAGUGCGGGUCCAUAUUCGCCGUAUAACAUAAACGUAACACAUCCGAAGGCUCCAAGUUACAGUAUGGCACGCCUAUAUAGGUUUACACCUCUUUCCCGAAGUCCAGGUCCAAAAUACAACAUCAAACAGCCCAAGCCAACUCCUGCCUUCUCAUUUGGAACAAAGCACAGCGUGUGUGCACCGCCUUAUAUAACCAAGUGCGACGAGCAAUGCUAAGAGUGAAAAAAAAGAGCAUUUCUUAACGCAAGAUUG